CUUUGAGAUUCAUGCCCAGCCACCAAUUUUUCGAGUCAUUCUGUGUGCGAACCACCCCCCCACCCCCGCUCGUAUUAGCCCUCAUAAGGAAGUUACUUUUUAACUGUAUAGAAGCAGUUGUUGUGCCCACAACCUUGGCUGUACUUCGAAUUCACCAGUGGAGAGUGUUUAGCCACAAGAUCCACCCAAUUCAAUCAGUGGCUUUAAUGACGGAGUGGGGGUGGUGGUGCCACACUUACAAAACUCCCCAGAGAUUCCAUAUGGUGUGCAGGGUGACAACCAUUGUUAGAAUGUUAACAGUGGACCCCACGGGAAUAUUACUGUCCCCAACCCCACAUUCACUCACUGUCAUUGAGCCGAGUAGGGCAGGGUGGAACUGUCCCUGUAAGGUUUCUGAGAUUGUAACUCUUUAGGGAAAGUAGAAAGCCUGCUCUUUGUGAAGGCAAGAACGGUUUUAGGGCCAGACCAGUGGCAGCUAAUUUGGGGACUUGUUAAAAAAGCACCUUCUUAGACCACACCUCAUCAGCUGAAUCAGGCACGCCAGGCCUCAGCCUUCGCGGGGCUUCGAAUGCUUGGUGAGUUGGAGAGCCACAGUCUAGGGAUUCAGAGAUAUUCAUUGGUGAGAGCUCCUGCCCUUGGUCUCCGUCUCCCAUCCACACUUCCCGUAGAAUGUCACCAGGCGCCAGGUGCCAAAGCCUUCCCCCAAACCACAGGCCUGCUACAGGCCAUACGACCAGCCUUGGCGUCACAGCCUCCCCCAAACGUCACAGCGCCUUGCCGUUCCAGGCGCCGGCGUAGCGGCAUUUCCUAGGCGGAGGGGAGGGCCUGUGCCAAGAUGGGCGACUGGAAGAGCUUCAUCAGUGCGGUGCUGCGGGACCAGCGCAUCGACGACGUGGCCAUCGUCGGCCACGUGGACAAUUGCUGCGUGUGGGCAUCGCGGCCAGGGGGCCUGCUGGCCGCCAUCUCCCCGCAGGAAGUAGGCGUGCUCACGGGCUUCGACCGGCGGACCUUUCUGCAGAGCGGCCUGAGCUUGGCCGGCCGCCGCUGCUGCGUCAUCCGCGACCACCUGUUGGCCGAGGGCGACAACGUGCUGGACGCGCGUACCAAGGGCCUGGACGCGCGCGCCAUCUGCGUGGGGCACACGCCACGCUUGCUGCUCGUGUUCAUGGGCCGGCGGGGCGUGCACGGGGGCUUCCUCAACAAGACAGCGCAUCGGCUGAUCCGAGGGCUGCGCGCCGAGGGCACCUAGCCUUACCGCGGGCCCAAUAAACGCACCCAGGGGGCACUGGGCUUGCCUCCGGGGCACGUCUUGA